AACAACUAAAAACAUCAAAAAAAAAAAAACUUAUAAAAAAAAAACUACAUAGACUCAAAUAUUUCUAAAUUACUUGCAAGUACAUUGCAAAUUGAGAAAAGCAUCUAUCCGAUAGUGGUUCAAUUUUGCUUUUCCUAAAACACAAUCAUGAGACAAAAGGGAACAAAAAACAAGCAGAUCAAAGCUCUUCAAAUAACUUAUCCCGCUGGUGGAUUUCAAAACGAUGUCAUCAGACUUUUGCAAAAAUUUGUGGCAACUGAAAGUAUCAGGUUCAGUGAAUUUUCUCGAAUAUGGAGGGAAAGCAAUUUUACACUGAUAUAUUUGGGAAGAUGCGGGAUACGUGAGCACAGAGAAUUUUUGGAAGAGGCGUUCAAAGUUCUAUUGAAAUAUAUAAUGCCACCAUAUAACUUACAGGUUAGAGUUGGCGGUGUUUAUACAAUGUAUUCUGUAUAUUACACACAAAAACUUGCCAAAAAAAGAAGAAUUCGAAUGCCUUUGUCAUGUUGGGCAAACUUCUGUGAACUUCAGCAAGAUGUCAUUGAUUGUCAACAUCUUGAUGCCGUCUACAUCAUACGAAAAUUAAUCAGCGAUAGAGCUUUCAUGCUGUGUGCCUAUCCUUCCAUGUUAUCUGUUGACGAAGUAUAUUUGUACGACGAAGAGUUCCAACCCGCAAGUGGGGACUCUGCUUCCGCCCAAACCAGCGGACUGGGUGAAGCACCCGGGCUUCUCGCCCAGAUUCAAGACGAAGAUAACAUAGGACAACUUCACGCCGUGCACGAAAAGUAUCAUCAGCUCAAGUGCGAAUACAACACUUUGCGUGGUGGCACUGGACACUCACCCGGCACAUCUCUGGACCUGAUCAGGCCACAAAUAGCGAAGUCUGUCCUUGAUAUCAUAAACAAACCAAAAGAGAAAAAUCCAAGAGCAGUCAUAAAAGGAACAGAUAUAGAGACAGAAGCUGAUACAAGCAACGAACGUGCAAAGAGACUAAAAGCUUUGAAAGACGGAGCUCUAAGCUCAAAAGUUACACCAACUCGAAAAUCUAAGCAAUAUGAACCAGAAUUUAAUACUGACGAUGAAGAUGGGCCAAAAUUGAGUGAAGAUGGGUGGAUCAUACGAAAAAGAGGUCGCCCUAACCUUACCCCACCCCAAGCGAAGGGCAAAAGAAACAAGUCUCCAGAAAAACUCAACGAUGAUGCAUCUGCAGAAGCUGAAAGUGGUUCUGAGAACGCGACUGGGGAGCGGAAAAGGCCAAGAAAAUCUGCACCAAAGAAAAGAAUUUCUUAUAAUACAGAUGAAGAUUAUGAGCCUGAUGAAAAUGAUGAAGUAACAAAAGAACGUAAUCAACCAAGAAGACGAAGUAGAAGUGCAACGUCAUCAAAUAAUGAUGAGGAAAAGACAAAAUCUCCACAAAAAAUUCCACCAGCGAAAAAACCUCGGAAGACUAAUGAGCCAAAACCACGAGCUCCUGUCAAAUUGGUGAAGAAGCUGGGUGAGAUAAAACCAGAUACAUUUGUUGCCUUGCGUCCUGGCCGUAAAACUGGAGAUCAGCCAAUUAUUGGCAAAGUUGUUACGGCAAAAGAAAACGAGAUCAACGUAGUGUAUUACAAGGGUGAUUAUAAUGAACCAUGGACUCCAAUCACCACUAUGAAUCAAGAUGAUUCCGAAGGGAAACCACUGGUUGAACCUAUUGCACAAAGAAAUAUAAUCAUUGCUGGUUUUACUCUCACCAAGGCAGGAAAAUUGCCAGCUAAUAUUAAAGCAGCCUUGAAAAAGGCAAUGAAGACUAGCGAGUAGGUACAACUGUGACAUUUCUAGUAGAUCAAACCUCGUGCUGAAUUUAAGCUGAGUUUAACAGGGUACGUGACCCCAUACUUUUAUGAUAUAGACAUCGAAAGAGACCAUGGGUUUUUAGAAAGUGUCAAUACCUCACUUUCUAUAACUAUUUUCACUUGGCAAUGUUGCAAUUCAACAAUAUGUUGAAAUUUGAAGACAUUGGAAAAACUUCAUCCAAACAAUGUCCCUACCGCUUGGAACUACCCUUACAUUUUUUAUUCAACGAUUUAUACACCGUCAACUACAAGUGAGGCUCUGUACAAGCAGCCACUCUAAGUCUAACACCUAAACCAUCAUGCCAUCAAAAUUGGUAAACAACUUGAAUUUUUGCAUUCUACCAACAACAUAUUCCAAUUUCUCUAUUACAAAAUAGCAAUCUUUAACGUCAUGAAACUGCGGAUUAAGUAAAACAAAAACUUUUCCUGAUUAUUUGAAAAUGUCUGAAUAUCACGACUGCUUCAAAUGUAAAUGUGAAAUGUUUGUAUGGCACUGACUUCAGAGUUGAGAAAAAUUAACACCAGAUUCCAAACUCACCAAGUCAUUUAAAAACAACCACAGCUCCAAUAAAACUAAGUUUUGAUAACAAAAACUUUGGUGCAUGCAAGCAGUAAUAAUUUGUCCUGAGAAUGAAUGGUCCAUUUAAUGCUUUUUCAUUUCAUGUCAGAUACUUUAACUUCAAUUGUUAAAUCAAAAGUCUGAACUGCAAAUCCAGAGAAUUCAAAAUUUUGAGGUGUUAGAAAAUAUGACAAUAUAAAUAAUAAUAAUAUGCCAACUCUGUGCCAAACCUGGCUAUAAAAAAGACAGAUGCAAAAUUGGGUAAUUUAUCAAGUACAUAACUGCCUACUUUCAUUGUAAUAACAUUGGCAGUAACAUUUGUCUAAAAUAUAUCCAGCUCAGUUGGAACAUGAUUGGGGUAAAAACAUGCUUUUUGAGAUUCUGUAUAAAGUAAAAAAUUUUGACUCCGAUUGAUACAACUGUUAAUCCCGCCCUGACGAAUUGACCUUUUCAAUCAUAUUUUAUUUUGCUUACAUAACACUUUGAUGGUCAAUCAUCAUUAAACUCAUGGCAUAAUAGCUAUAUGCCUCACGUUGAACAAAUUUUUUGAGAGAAUUAUGAUUCUGUGUCCAGAAUUCAAUUAUAAGACUAAUUUGUGAAAUUUGGAUUUGAUGUAAUUUCGAAAAGUGAGCUUAUUUCUACUUUGUUCAUAAGCAUCAGUGCACACAAACUGUACAAAAUUGUUUUGUAUGAAGCUUUACAAUUGGUGAUAUUCUUUUGAAUAAAUUUCAUAACAUGGGUA